AUGGGGGGUGGGGUGUUGGCGGCUCUGAGCAGGCUGAGCUACUGUUCCCUGCUGGUGCACGGCUUGGCCGCCAGGUGGCUGCUGCUGGGGCAGGGGGCGGCCGUUUGCUCGGACCCCACCUGCCUGUGGACGUAUACAGCGGGAACAGUGCUGCUAAGCGAGCUUGGUGCUCUUCUGUUGGCGCUGAUGCUGGAGAUGCCGUGCUGCUGCCUCCUAAGACGGAUCACUGACGUCUUAACGGCA